GAUGAGCACUGGGUGUUGUAUGGAAGCCAAUUUGACAAUAAAUUUCAUAUUAAAAAAAAACCACUGAAAGUAAAAAAAAAAAUAAAGUUGCAUAUGUAUAUUUAGUGGUAAAGAUGUUUAUUAACCAGUCUCUUGUACAUUUAGUUUAUUUCCAAUUAUUUGCUGUUCUAAAAAUGGCGAAGUGAACAUCCUUGUGGAUAAAUCUUUGUGUUCAUCCAUAAUUAUGUCUUGAGGAUAAAUUCUUAGCUGUGGAAUUGAUGGUUCAAAGGAUAUGAACAUUUUUAAGUCUUUUAAUUCAUAUUGCUAAAUUGUCCCCAGGAACAUUGUAUGCUUCUAUCAAAGUGUCUAUUUCCCAGCAUCACUGGAAAUUAACAUUCAAGAGUCUUUCACAAUAUGCCUUCUUUUUUGGAUGACCUAGGGCUUCUCUUCAUUGUGUGGUCAAUUUAUCCUGGAAGGAAUGAACAAAAUGAGGCUAGAGAUGAAAAGUGCUGGUGGCCAGGUCUAUGUGGGAGGGACAGGGACAGAUAACAGGAAAGGGGUAAGCUUAGAGACCAUUUCUUUACUCCUGCCUCCAGGUCUUCAGCAGGUAUCUAAAGAUAGAAUAUUAAUAUUUAAAGGGCAUGUGUAGUUUUAAAAGCAUAUUUCAUAUUAUAAUUUUAGAUUUUGAAAAUGAUUUGAUGUCUUUCAUUAUAGACACUACAGGACAGGAAUGACAUUUGUAUAUCUAAAAUGGAGUAUGGUUUAAAAAAAAAUGGAAAAACACUGUCCUAAUCCAACACUCAUCUUAGAGAAACUGAAACCAGAGAGUAGAGGGAUUUCUGUAGAGCUACACAGCAAAUUGAUGAUAGAGUUGAAGCCAGAAGUAAAGGUUGUCAACUGCCUGUUCAUAGCUCUUCUGUUGAGUUGGGACAUCAUGGUUCAGGAGGAGAUGAAAAGCAGAUAUAAGGUCCCCUUUGGAUAGAUGGCCAGGCUUUCUUCCAGAGCCUGUGAGCUGCCCCAUACCCCUCCUGGACAAAGACCCAGGUGUCUCUGGCAUGGCAGUUCACUUCUGCUUGAACAUUUCCAGAGGGAGCUUGCACUUUAAUAACCAGGGCUUUUGCCUGAACUUUCCUUCCCCUUGGAUAACUUCUAACUUCUCUUCCUGCCUCAGCAUCUUGAAUGUCACUUCCUCAGGGAAGUCUUUCCUGACUGCCAAGAUAGUUUAGGGUCCCUAUGUGCAUUCUUAUAGCACCUCUUACGUUUAACACCUUGUCACAAUUAUAAUUACUUUGCACUGUAUUUAACAUCUCUCUCCCUGACUAGACUAUAUGUUCUACGAGAGUAGGAAUGUUGUUUAUCUUCUGUUGCUCUUGGCCUAAGCAUUGAUAAAUGCUUGAAUGUUUGACUAUUUGGAUGGAUGUUAAUGAGUGAAUUGGAAGUGUGUGUGGCUGCUGGGCGGUGCUGUUUCCCAUUGCCUGCAGAAUCAGGAGAGCUGUCCCUCAUUGCCAAGGGCGUUGAGAGAGGCGAGAGGGGAGACUCCUUUUUAGGCUGCUAGUAUAGAGACAAGCCAGAGGGUAUGAUCUGCUUUGCUGGGUGCCCCAUGGCGGCCUCCUGGGUGAUGGGGUCAGCAACCUAAUCCAACCAAGCAUUCUUUCCUGGCUUGUCAGGAUCAGCCCCAGCAAUUUAGUAGUGGUGGUUGGAGAGGAGCCUCCUCGAUUCAUUCUGGGGAAGAGAAUUCAAGGUCAGGGCUCUCCUUGGCGGGGAGAAAACAGCAACCCGGGUCACCUGCAGCCUGGUCUUCACAGUAGAUGGGCACUUGCAGCAACUGCUGUAAGGUCUGCUUGUGGCUGGCUGGGCGCCAGUGCAGCGCCGCUGUUAGGCGGCAGGUCCUGCCCCCUCUGCCGGUUUCCCUCCCCCUCCUCCGUCUCCUUACCACUCCAGCUUGCUGCAUCCUCUGCAAGGAGAGGAAUGUGCCGCGCUCGGACGCGCCGUCCUGGCGGCGCGGCGGCACUCCGGGCGCGCUCUGGACCGCCGGGGUCCGCCGUCUGGCGCUGCGCCACGUGCUUUGAUCCGCGCUGAUGUCAAGUGGGUGUGGGCUCUUAGGGAAGGCCCAGGCGAGGACGAGGAGGACGAGGAGGGCGCGCGAUGCGCCGCGGGCGCGCUGAGGCCACAGCGCGCUCCGCCGCCCAGCGCUGCUGACCGGUGGCCGGCCUGGGCUCAAGGAGCGGGCGCAUGGAGUGGCGGCGCUGCCCGGCCGGGGACGCAUGCCCCGCCGCCCUGGGGGGCUGGUGGGGACCGCCGCGGGGGGCCUGCAGUCAUAACCAACAGACCACAGCAUUCAGGCACCCUGUGAGUGGGCAGUUUUCUCCAGAAAAUAGCGAAUUUAUUCUUCAAGAAGAGCCACAUCCACAUAUGUCGAAGCAAGAGAGAAACCAAAGACCGUCCAGCAUGGUCAGUGAAACAUCCACAGCUGGAACCACGUCGACCGUGGAGGCCAAACCUGGCCCCAAGAUCAUGAAGUCCAGCAAUAAAGUCCACAGCUUUGGGAAGAGGGACCAGGCCAUCCGGAGGAACCCCAAUGUUCCGGUGGUGGUGAGGGGGUGGCUGCACAAGCAGGACAGUUCUGGGAUGAGGCUGUGGAAAAGGAGGUGGUUUGUGCUUGCCGAUUAUUGCUUGUUUUACUAUAAAGACAGCCGAGAAGAAGCUGUCCUUGGGAGCAUCCCUCUGCCCAGCUAUGUGAUCUCGCCUGUGGCCCCUGAGGACCGUAUAAGUCGCAAGUAUUCCUUUAAGGCUGUGCACACGGGGAUGCGAGCACUCAUCUAUAAUAGCUCCACAGGGGGUUCUCAGGCCGAGCAGUCAGGCAUGAGGACCUACUACUUCAGUGCCGACACCCAGGAGGACAUGAACGCUUGGGUCCGGGCCAUGAACCAGGCCGCACAGGUGCUGUCUCGAUCAUCACUAAAGAGGGACAUGGAGAAGGUGGAGCGGCAGGCGGUCCCCCAGGCCAAUCACACAGAGUCCUGUCGAGAGUGUGGCCGUGUGGGACCUGGACAUGCAAGGGAUUGUCCUCACCGCAGCCAUGAGGAUUCCUUUGGCUUUGAGAGGCGGGAGCAAGAGGAAGAACGUUACCGUUCCCAGAGGGACCCACUGGAGGGCAAGCGGGACAGGAGCAAGGCCAGGUCCCCAUACUCACCAGCUGAGGAGGAUGCCUUGUUCGUGGAUUUACCUGGUGGCCUGAGAGGCCAGCAAGCACAGCCCCAGCGGGCAGAGAAGAACGGAGUGCUGCCCACCACAUAUGGCCCAGGAGAGCAGAAUGGGACCAGCGGGUAUCAGCGGGCCUUUCCUCCCAGGAACAACGCUGAAAAGCACAGCCAGAGGAAGAGCAGCCUGGCCCAGGUGGAGCACUGGGCAAAAGCCCAGAAAGGGGACGGCAGGAGCCUGCCGCCGGACCAGACCCUUCCCCGCCAGGGCCCCAGCCAGUCCCUGUCCUUCCCGGAAAACUACCAGACCCUUCCUAAGAGUACCCGACACCCCUCAGGGGGCUCCUCGCCCCCUCCCCGCAACCUGCCGAGUGACUACAAGUAUGCGCAGGACCGAGCCAGCCACCUGAAGAUGUCAAGCGAGGAGCGCAGGGCACACCGGGACGGCACCGUGUGGCAGCUCUACGAGUGGCAGCAGCGCCAGCAGUUCCGGCACGGCAGCCCCACGGCGCCCAUCUGUGCUGGCUCGCCAGAGUUCCCCGACCAGGGCCGGAGCAGGAGCAUGCUGGAGGUGCCCCGCUCCAUCUCUGUGCCUCCGUCUCCCUCGGACAUCCCUCCUCCGGGCCCCCCGAGGGCCUUCCCACCCAGGCGGCCACACACACCGGCAGAGAGGGUCACCGUGAAGCCGCCGGACCAGCGGAGGAGUGUGGACAUCUCGCUGGGGGGUUCUCCCAGCAAGGCCCGGGGCCACACCACCAAGAACUCUUCUCAUGUGGACCGACGCUCCAUGCCCUCCAUGGGCUACAUGACCCACACUGUCAGCGCUCCCAGUUUACAUGGAAAAUCGCUGGAGGAGCUCUCACUGCUUCUCACCCGGUUACGGCGGCACCAGGCCAGGCUGGCCAGCGUGCGAAAUCUCGCCGUCGGCCAGUUACUGCAGCACCAGCUGACCUUUCCCACCUGCCAGGCUGAUGACACCUACCUCCAGCUGAAGAAAGACCUGGAGUACCUGGACCUAAAGAUAAAAAAUAAUGAACCUUUGAUCAACGUGCUUUACAAAGUGCUGAAGAAGUCAGCACGGGGCUGUCGGCCCAGGAGAAGCAUGACAGGCAGGGAUCUCGUCAAGGAUCGAAGUCUGAAGCCAGUGAAGAUCGCGGAGAGUGACAUUGACGUCAAACUGAGCAUCUUCUGUGAACAAGACAGGAUCCUCCAGGACUUGGAAGACAAGAUCCGAGCCCUCAAGGAGAACAAAGACCAGCUAGAGUCCGUCCUGGAGGUAUUGCACAGACAGAUGGAGCAGUACCGAGACCAGCCCCAGCACCUGGAGAAGAUUGCUUACCAGCAGAGGUUGCUGCAGGAGGACCUUGUCCACAUCCGGGCGGAGAUCUCCAGAGAGUCCACUGAGAUGGAGAAUGCCUGGAAUGAAUAUCUGAAGUUAGAGAGUGAUGUGGAGCAGCUGAAGCAGACCCUGCAAGAACAACACAGAAGAGCCUUUUUUUUCCAGGAGAAAUCGCAGAUACAGAAGGAUCUCUGGAGGAUUGAAGACGUCAUUGCAGGCCUGAGUGCAAAUAAAGAGAACUUUAGAAUCCUGGUGGAAUCAGUCAAAAAUCCAGAGAGAAAAACGGUGCCUUUGUUUCCUCAUCCGCCUGUGCCUUCACUCUCAACUUCUGAGAGCAAGCCACCCCCACAGUCCAGCCCUCCCACCAGCCCCGUGCGGACCCCUCUGGAGGUUCGACUCUUCCCCCAGCUGCAAACCUAUGUGCCGUACCGACCUCAUCCACCCCAGCUGAGGAAAGUGACAUCCCCUCUUCAGUCACCAACCAAGACGAAGCCCAAAGUUGAAGACGAGGCACCUCCCAGGCCCCCACUCCCCGAGCUCUACAGUCCAGAGGACCAGCCCCCGGCCGUGCCACCUCUGCCAAAGGAGGCCACCAUCAUCCGGCACACUUCAGUGAGGGGCCUUAAGCGGCAGUCGGAUGAGAGGAAGCGAGACCGGGAGCAGGGGCUGUGUGUGAAUGGGGACUCCAGGGUAGAGCUCCGGUCGUACGUUAGUGAACCCGAGCUGGCGACUUUCAGUGGGGACAUGGCCCAGCCCUCCCUGGGACUUGUGGGCUCUGACAGCAGGUACCAGACCCUGCCAGGCAGAGGCCUCUCAGGGUCUACGUCAAGGCUCCAGCAGUCGUCCACCAUUGCUCCCUACGUCACACUCCGGAGGGGUCUCAAUGCCGAAAGCAGCAAGGUGACCUUCCCUAGACCCAAGAGUGCCUUGGAGCGUCUGUACUCAGGGGACCAUCAGCGGGGCAAGAUGAGUGCGGAGGAGCAGCUGGAGCGCAUGAAGCGGCACCAGAAGGCCCUGGUCCGGGAGCGCAAGAGGACGUUGAGCCAAGGAGAGAGGACGGGCCUGCCCUCGUCCCGCUACCUCAGCCAACCUCUCCCCGGAGAUCUCGGCUCAUGGAAGCGUGAGCAGGACUUUGACCUGCAGUUGCUGGAACGGGCCAUGCAAGGGGAAAGAAAGGACAAGGAGGAGAAUGGCUGGUUGAAAGUACAGGCCAUGCCAGUCACUGAGUUGGACCUGGAACCUCAAGACUAUGACUUGGACAUCAGCAGAGAGCUGUCCAAACCAGAGAAGGUCUCCAUCCCCGAGCGUUACGUGGAGCUGGACCCUGAGGAGCCGCCCAGCCUUGAGGAGCUGCAGGCGCGGUAUCGCAAAGCCGAGAAGAUCCGCAACAUCCUUGCUCGCUCCAGCAUGUGCAACCUGCAGCCGACAUCAGGCCAGGACCGGAACAGCGUGGCCGACCUGGACUCACAGCUGCAGGAGCAGGAGCGCAUCAUCAACAUCUCCUACGCUCUGGCCUCCGAGGCCUCCCAGCGCAGCAAGCAGGUGGCAGCGCAGCAGCUGGCCCUCCUCCCGCCUAAAGCCCCUCUGUCCUCCAGGACGUUGCCACCUUACCCCCCCUUAAGCAACGGACUCCACUACACCUUUGUCUAACACCUUCCAACCCAGGCAGUGACUGACCCGUGACCCAACGUGCAAAGGAGAAGUCUGAAGCCAGGGGCCCAGUGGAACCAGUUUCCUCCGAGAAGAUUGAUCUUCCUUCCCCCAAGGAAACCCCUUCCAGCUCAGCAGGGGUUCUGGCUGGAGGAAGGAGCAGCCACAACUUCACUAUAGGGCUGGGUCCUAACCACCACCCCCCCGGCCCCCCACCGACUUUAGUUCAGACUCCUUUUUACAUAUGACAAAGGCACUUUUGAUACACACUGUAAAAUACUGAUGCUGUAUUUUAGAAUCAGAAUAUAUUUUCUACUGUUCACCUCAAGGGCUGAGUGGCUGGAAAGGUGAGGAUGCAGGAUUUUGGAGCUGCACAUACAGAUUCAGGUACCAUUUGGGUGGUAGGUAUGGGUAGGGGAGAAGGGCGGGCAGAGGCCAGUCCAGUAUCCAGUGAACUCAGGUGAAGGUUGCAUUUGAGAUGUGCUUCCAGGGGAGCCCAGUGUUAGGCUUGUUGGCAUGUUAUCUGGGGGAAGAGGAGCCCUUAGCUGCAGAGGUCAGCUGUCCCUGACCUGGCUUGGUGACCAGCUCUGGAGGGGGAGAUUCCACCAGGGUGGCAUGUGGAGCCCAAGUCCAUACCUUGGCCCUUGGGUUUGGUUUAGGGGCAAUAGUGUAUUCAAGAGGUUUGGUUCCAGACCUGUCCAUGGGUUCUCUCAGCAAAGGGCUCUUCUUGGGAAAAACAGAACAGUUUGCUUUAAUUAAAAAAAAAGUUCAUAUAUAUACACACA